GUUAUAUUAAAAUUUUCUAGCGAUCCAAACCUACAAAAUAAGUUUACUCAGUGUUUAAUAUCCAAAAGUUAUUAUCUUAUAAAUAAUACAAUAUAAUUUUUAUUUAUUUUUAAAUUCUAAAAAUUUCUUUAUUAAAACUAAAAAACACUGACGAUAGCACAGGAUCGUCCAGAAUGAUAUGAAGGAGCUAAAUUAUAUAAACAUUCACGUGAAUGAGAAAUGUAUGACAAUCAAACUAAUUUGUAGGCAGUUUUAAAUACAUUAUAAAAUUUACGAAAAGCUUACAUACGUGAUUGUGUCACUCCUAAAGAAAAUACAGCAGUUUGUAUUAAAUUGUUGGUGCGAUGUCGGGCUGUAUUUAAGCAGAGGAUCAUUGGUCGAGAGAUUACAAACACUUAUUGCAAGAAAAAUAUCUUCGAUCCGUAUAUGGUGACAUCAAAUCUCUUAAGAUCAUUUAAAAACAAAUUCACCGUGUGUUAUUGUUCAAAUUAAUAAAUAUAUUUGGCAAUACAGCAGAUUCAUUAUUAGCGGAAAAAUACUUAACGAUGGUAGCAAUUUAAUUGAUAAAUACAUCAUAGAAAAUUCUCUAUUACCUUCAGAUAAAAAUAUCAGUAACGGUUGUAUUAAUAAUGAUUUAAAUUCAUCUAAAUCAAUUAAACUUUUACUGGUUCCAGAAAUCGUUGGUAAAAUAAAUUUUGAUAAUAAGAAUAUUAUUAAAAUAUAUCCGCCGUGGGAUGUUGUUGAUCCAAACGAAGUAUUGCUCAAUAUUUUUUACUUUAUUGUUACUGUAGACCCUAACGUUACUAAUGACAAUCACAACAAUGACAAUAAUAAUUUGAAAUCAGUUGAGGAAUUUAAUCGUCAAUGUCUCAGAAACGAAAAACUUGCGGCAAACUAUAGCGUUAAAGUUAGUCAUUCGAAACCUAGUUUUAUGCUAUAUUUAUUUUCUAAUUAGAAUAUUUAUUAUUUUAUUAAUUGUAUUUAUUAUUCGUUAUUAUGAGUUGACUUCAUUACGUAUACAGUUUACCCGCGGUUUCAACAAAAUUUAUAACUUAUUCGUAUCUACGAUGUUACAUAUUUGUUUUUCCGCUUACGCUAUAUUGUUAUUUUUUUAGAAAUUUAUUCACAAUAUUUUAUUUAUUUUAUCGCGUCAUAACAAAACCAUGGCGAAUACCGGCGUUUUGCCAUUUGUUCGUGGCGUUGAUUUUUCUGACAAUGACUUUAGUCAAAAAUUUCCACCUUCCGUACGUCUGAUGACGGGUAUCCAAUGGUUGAAGUUGAAUAAAACAAAUUUAUCAAAAAUACCUGAAGAGUUGGGUAAAUUACAAAAGCUGGAACAUUUAUCAUUGGUUAAAAAUAAUUUAGAGCGUUUAUAUGGUGAAUUAACGGAGCUGGGGUGCCUCAGAUCGCUUAAUAUACGACGUAAUACUUUGAAGACCAGUGGUGUCCCUUGUGAACUAUUUGAUUUAGAGGAAUUGACUACUCUCGAUCUUGGGCACAACAACUUGAAGGAAAUACCUGAAGGACUGGAAAGGGCAAGGUCGCUCCUUAAUUUGAAUCUUAGUCACAAUCAAAUUGAAACAAUACCAAAUGCAUUGUUCAUUAAUUUAACCGACCUGUUGUUUUUGGAUUUAAGUUAUAAUCGACUAGAAACGUUACCGCCCCAAACAAGACGUUUAUCCAAUCUACAGACGUUGAAUCUGAGUCACAAUCCACUUGGCCAUUUUCAACUGAGGCAAUUACCGUCAUUAAUGAAUUUAACAACGUUACAAAUGUGUAACACACAGCGUACAGCAAACAAUAUUCCCUCCAGUCUAGAAAGUCUAACGAAUUUACAAGAACUUGAUUUAUCACAAAAUUCAUUACCGCGGGUACCAGAUGCUCUUUAUCUGCUUCCAAAUUUGAAGCGAUUAAAUUUAAGCGAUAACAAAAUCACUGAAAUUUCAUCGGCAAUCGAAAUGUGGCAAAAAUUGGAAAUUUUAAAUCUUUGUAGAAAUAAACUCAGCGCAUUGCCUGCUUCGUUAUGUAAAAUCUCAACACUGAGGUGUCUCUAUGUAAACGAUAACCAAAUUGAAUUUGAAGGGAUUCCUCCUGGGAUUGGUAAACUAUCAUCGCUACAAAUAUUUUCUGCAGCAAAAAAUCAUUUAGAAAUGAUACCCGAAGGACUGUGCAGAUGCAGAUCGCUUAAAAAAUUGAUUCUAUCUUCAAAUCGUCUUAUCACUGUACCUGAUGCUAUUCAUUUGUUAAAUGAUUUGGAACAACUGGAUUUAAGAGACAAUCCUAAUCUAGUUAUGCCUCCAAAACCAACAGAGAUCGGAAAAGGUUCUGGCGUUGAAUUUUAUAACAUUGAUUUUUCACUGCAACAUCAGUUAAGGCUUGCUGGGGCAAAUGUUCCUCCGCCGAUGCAAAAUUCUGGAAGCAAAGAUCCAACAGCCCGAAAACUCCGUUUGAGAAAACGCCGGGAUCAAGAAGAAGCUGAUCAAGAUCAAGCUAAAAUUUUGAAAGGUAUGAAAGAUGUCGCGUCGACAAAGGAUACAGAUAACGACUUAAUUGACUGCAAAACAGAAUCUUUAAAGCCUAAAAGAUGGGAUGAAACUUUAGAAAAACCACCAUUGGAUUACUCUGAAAUAUUUGAUGAUGAUGCAGGUCAAGUACCAGGACUUUCCGUCUGGGAAAUCGAAAACUUUCUACCGAACCAAAUAGAAGAAGUUGCUCACGGUAAAUUUUACGAAGGAGAUUGUUAUAUAAUUUUGAAAACAACUUUAGAUGAAAGUGGAUCACUGAUGUGGUCAAUAUUUUUUUGGAUUGGUGAAAAAGCUACACUUGAUAAACGAGCAUGUGCUGCAAUCCAUGCUGUCAAUUUACGUAAUUUCCUUGGUGCUCAGUGCCGCACAAUACGAGAAGAACAAGGAGAUGAAUCAGAUGAUUUUUUGAUGUUAUUCAAUUCAGACAUUACAUACAUUGAAGGUGGCAGGACAUCAUCUGGGUUUUACACAGUUGAUAACACACCAGUUAUUUCGCGAUUGUAUCGAGUACAUUUAGUGGGAGCUUCAAUUCAUCUGGAACCGGUUGCAAUUAGUCCAGACAGUUUGGAUCCAGACUUUGUUUUCAUUUUUGAUACUAACCGUAAAAUUUAUCUAUGGUAUGGUAAAAAUGCAAAAAAUACACUGAAGUCAAAGUCUAGACUAAUGGCCGAAAAAAUAAAUAAAAAUGAAAAACGAUUUCAAGCUGAAAUUGUCACCGAAAUCAUGGGGCUAGAAUCAAAUGAUUUUUGUUCAUCUUUAGGAGUAGAUAAAUCUUCUUUAUCAGUUAAGAAUCAUAAUAACUCCGAUCUUAAAUUAUCAGUACCUCACUUAUAUCAAGUGCGACUUGGCAUGGGUUACUUAGAACUUCCACAAGUUGAAGUUUCACGAAACAAAUUGAUUCCCUCGCUUUUAAAUAGUAAGAACGUUUAUAUAGUAGACUGUUAUUCUGAUGUUUUUGUUUGGUUUGGUAAAAAAUCAACCCGACUUGUCAAAGCUGCAGCAGUAAAACUCUCACAAGAAUUGUUUAAUAUGAUCGAUCGACCUGAAUUUGCUCUGGUGAUGAGACUACAAGAAGGCAGUGAAUGUCAGGUUUUCAAAUCAAAAUUCAUUGGCUGGGAUGAAGUGAUUGCUGUCGACUUCACGCGGACAGCGGAAUCAGUUGCUAAAACAGGAGCAGAUUUAUCAACUUGGGCUAAGCAGCAAGAUACUAAAGCAGAUCUAACUGCUCUAUUUAUGCCGCGCCAACCCCAAAUGUCUCCACUUGAAGCUCAACAACUGAUGAAUGAAUGGAGCGAUGAUUUAGAAGUUAUGGAAGCUUUUGUUUUAGAAAAAAGGAAAUUUGUUCGGUUGCCAGAGGAAGAGUUGGGACAUUUUUUUACCGAAGAUUGCUACGUUUUCCUAUGUCGUUACUGGAUGCCACUCGAGCUUACGGAAAAUGAGGAUGGUCAAGAGCACCUCGAAGAUGAUUUCCAAUGUAUUGUCUAUUUUUGGCAAGGGCGAGAUGCCGGUAAUAUGGGAUGGUUGACAUUUACAUUCAGUAUGCAAAAAAAAUUCAAAACUUUAUUUGGGGAAAAAUUGGAAGUCGUCAGAACUCAUCAACAACAAGAAAAUUUGAAAUUCAUGGCUCAUUUUAAGAGAAAAUUCGUGAUUCAUCAAGGAAAAAGAAAUCAAUUAAAAACGCCAAAUACCAAUCAAGUUGAAUUGUUCCAUUUGCGAAGUAACGGAAGUGCUUUAUGCACUAGACUCAUUCAAAUUCAACCUGACGCAAGCUUAUUAAAUUCAGCAUUUUGCUAUAUUCUAAAUGUUCCAUUCACAAAUGACGAUACAACUGGAAUCGUUUACGUAUGGAUUGGAUCAAAAGCAGAUCCUGAAGAAGCUCACCUGAUCGAAGAAAUAGCUCAAGAAAUGUUCAAAAACCCUUGGAUUAGUCUUCAAGUGUUAAAUGAAGGUGAAGAACCAGAAAACUUUUUCUGGGUCGCUAUAGGAGGUAAAAAAAAGUACGACACUGACGAUGACUACAUGAAUUAUACCCGACUAUUUAGAUGUUCUAAUGAGAAAGGAUAUUUCAUGAUUAGCGAGAAAUGUUCUGAUUUUUGUCAAGAUGACUUAGCUGAUGAUGACAUAAUGAUACUUGAUAAUGGCGAACAAGUUUUUCUAUGGCUUGGCGCAUUUUGUUCUGAAGUGGAAAUAAAGCUGGCUUAUAAAUCUGCUCAGGUAUAUAUUCAACAUUUACGUGCGACACAGCCAGAAAGACCGAGAAAAUUGUUCCUCACUGCGAAGGGCAAAGAAUCUCGUCGCUUCACAAAGUGCUUUCAUGGGUGGAGUUCUUACAGAAAAUCACCAGUGUAGUGAGAUAUUUUUAAUUUUUACAAGAACUAUAAUCGAUAAAAUAUCUCCACUGUGCAUUAAAUUUGUCGCUUUAAGCACAAUAUGUUUAAACACACAAAUUAUUUGUUAUUAUUGUUUUGAUAAAUUUACGAGAUGUAUGAAAAUAUUAAUUUAAUUAUAUCGACCUUUGAAAAUUACAAAAAUUAAAAUUUAAUUUUAAUAAAAUUAUGUACGUUAAUACAAAAAUAAAUUGUAAUCUUAACAAUAUUUAAUAAAUGAAUAUAU